UCCAUCCAUCCAUCCAUCAUCCAUCCAUCCAUCCAUCAUUGUUCUGUUGUUUAAAUUAUUUAAAAGAACGUUCCUUUUGUUCUUGAACUGUCAGCUGUAGUGGGCUGUGAAAGUCCGUCCCAGUCUCCAUGUCCAGACCAGUAAAAGUCGGCUCCAUCUGUGGGUCUCAUGUUGGGCUGCAGACCUCGGCGUGGCCCACAGUCUCUGGGCCACAGUUCAAAUAUUCAGUUUAUUUUUUUUAUUCUUUCCCAGAGGAGGAAGCAGAGCUGGCCGCACGCUGUGAGGCAGCAGAGCGCCUCCUGGAGGAGCAGCGGUGCAUGAUGGUCGCCGUACGAGGGGAGCUGCGAGCCGGCCGGGCACGGACGUCUGUGCUGGGCCGCAGCCUGAGGGAGGAGGAGAAACGUUUCCUGGAGGAGCUGAAACGUCGCAGCCACAAGAUCACGCUUCUGAGCCGGGAGCUCCAACGUCAGAACCUCACCAGCGCCACCCUCAGCCACCAGCUGCACACUGCACGUUUGACACUCUGCCAACAGCAGCAGGGCACAGACUCUGCUGCAGAGGCAACAGGAGGCGGUGGAGGGGAGGAGGAGGAGGAGGAGGAGGAGGAGUGGGAGGACUCAGUCUGGCUCCUGUCACCAACUCCUCCUGCGUCUCCCGUCCAACCAGAGGAGAGACACAGGAGGCGUGUGACGAUCCGGCAGGAGAGGGUCAGAGCCUGCGUCCCACAGGAGAGAGUGACGUCACCCCAGAGGCCACACCCCAUGCCUGACCCCGCCCUGUUCCUCAUGCCCCUCAGAUACCGCCUCCUGCGCUUGAAUCGACCGCUGAGAGUGGAGAAGGAAGAGGAGCUGGACGAUGAAUGGGAGGACAUUGAGGAGGACAGAGUGCACCGGAGGGUGGACAUGGGAGCGGGGGAAGGAGAAACAGCUCUGUGAUGGGGGAG